CGUCAAAUUUUAAAUAUUUGACAUUUAAGGAUCGAACGUUGUUUUUUUUUUUGGUAGAAUUUAGUGGAAUCCAAGACAAAAAAAGUGGACAUUUUCCGUUCAAAUAUUUCUGUUUUUAACUGUUACACGUGCUAGGACCACUUACCAUAUAGCCUUUUAAUAGCAGAUGUAAGUUACCUGUAACAAUGGGUGACGAAAAUGAGCAAGAAUAUAAAAACUUGCCUGCAGAAGAUAAAUGCGUACACAAACUUUGGAAGGCCCGGGUAUGCGGCUAUGAAGAAGUAACGAAAUUAUUUAGACAACUAAACGACGACAAGUCUUCCGAAUACGGAAAAUAUUUAGGUCUUGUUAAGAAAUUUGUAACGGAUAGCAAUGCUAUGGGACAAGAAAAGGGUUUGGAAGCUACCCUGGCUUACGUUGAAAAUUAUGCGCAUGCCGGAAAAACAGUUUCCGAAGUUAUGAGUGGAAUUGUGACCAAAUGCAUUGCUGCUCCAAAGACUAAAACCAGAGAACUUGCUUUGCAAGUUAUUUUAAUGUAUGUGGAAAUAGAAAAAUAUGAAGCUGUUCAAGAAGAGUUGAUGAAAGGCACAGAACAGAAAAAUCCCAAAAUAGUAGCAGCAUGCAUUCAAGCUUUAACCACAUCUUUAAGAUAUUUUGGUGUGAAGAUUAUUAGCCCAAAGCUUAUGAUUAAAAGAAUUGGGGUGUUACUCUCUGAUAGGGAUAAAAAUGUUCGUGAUGAGGCCAAAUCAAUGGUUGUUGAACUCUAUAAGUGGAUGGGACCUGGCUUAAGGAACCAUUUACAAUCGGCCAAUCUACAACCUAUUCAACUGACUGAGUUAGAGACGGAAUUUUCCAAAGUUGAGGGUCAAAAGGUUUCGCCGAGUCGGUAUAUUCGAUCUCAACAAAAGAAACAAGAGACAUUAGCUGCACAAGCGCAAGAAACUAAUGAAGAGGAUGAUGAAGUAGAUGAUGACAGUGCACCACCAGAAUUAGAUCCAUACGAACUAGCAAAUCCAGUCGAUAUUCUUUCCGAAAUUCCUAAAGAUUUUUAUGAUAAUGUUGAAAGCAAGAAAUGGCAAGAUAGGAAGACAGCACUAGAGGCCAUAGAAAAUUUAACUAAGAAUCAAAAAUUGGAGAAUGGUGAUUAUGGGGAUCUAGUAAGGGCAUUGAAAAAGGUAAUACAAAAGGAUUCUAACGUGAUGUGCGUUGCUGUGGCAGGUAGAUGUGUAGCAGGUUUAGCCAACGGACUGAAAAAGAGAUUCCAAGUAUACUCAGGUGCUUUGAUUCAAACUAUCCUGGAGAAAUUUAAAGAAAAAAAACAGAAUGUUGUUACGGCAAUGAGGGAAGCUAUAGACGCCGUAUAUCUUUCUACCAACCUGGAAGCAAUUUUGGAAGAUGUACAAGAAGCCAUGAAUAACAAAAAUCCAUCAGUAAAAUCGGAAGUAUCACUUUUUCUGGCUAGAGCUUUUACAAAAACUCAACCUGUCUCAGUCAAUAAAAAACUCUUGAAAAACCUUACGGGACUCUUAAUUAAAAAUAUGAACGAGUCAGAUCCUGGUGUAAGAGAAUCCUCAGCGGAAGCCUUAGGAACUCUAAUGAAACUAGUUGGGCAAAACGCUAUCGGUCAAUUUUUAGUUGAAUUAGAAAAGGAUAAAUUAAAAAUGGAUAAAAUUAAGGAAUUUCAUGACAAGGCCACCAUAGAGGUUAAAGUGGUCGGACCUAAGAAAACGAGACCGCAAACGGCACCUGCCAAGACUUCUGCGGCUUUAAAAGAAAAUGCGCCACCUAAAGCCGUUAUUAAGAAACCAGGAGCUGCCCAACCGGCCGCCGCAAAAAAGAAACCGUCAGCCAGCAAUGUUUCUUCAGGUUCGGCCACUGUAGUGAGAUCAAAGGGCAAGGCCUCUGCUAAAGCCGCCCCAAAAAUUGAAAAAGAAUUGGAAGAUGGAGAAGUGGAAGCCAUUAUUGAGGAUCUGUUUCCCGGUAACACUGUGACGGAGCUCUCGAAUACUGUGUGGAAAACUAGAUUUGCCGCGGCAGAAGAAAUAAUGUCCAAGUUAACAACCAUGGAUGGAAAAUCAAUACCUUGUCAAGCCGUCGUUAAGACUCUUAUGAAAAAACCCGGUCUAAAAGAUACAAAUUUCCAAGUUUUAAAAGUAAAACUAGAAAUUGUAAAGUAUUUGGCCCAAACUGGUGUAUUUUCAAUAACCACAGUCGAUUGUUGCAUAAAAGACAUAUCAGAAAAGAUGGGGGACGUUAAGAAUGGUACCACAGUAGCCGAAACUUUGACGGCCAUGGCGGAAGCGACUAGUUUGGGCCACGUUUCUGCUGCAGUGCUGGACACUGCUUUUAAUCAAAAGAGCCCCAAAGUACAACAAGACUCGUUACUUUGGUUGAGUGGAGCUUUGAAAGAAUUUGGCAUCGCAGGUCUAAACGUAAAGGGCUUAAUUGAAUCGUGCAAAAACGGUUUGUCGUCAACCAAUCCCGGUGUUAGACAAGCCACCAUUUCCAUGCUCGGCACUUUAUAUCUAUAUGUAGGCGCAUCGCUUCACGUCUUUUUCGAAAACGAAAAAGCCGCUUUGAGGGAUCAGAUUAGCGCGGAAUUUGACAAAUAUGAAGGAGAAGUGGCUCCAGCUCCUACAAGAGGUGUUGUGACCAAAUCGGCAAGCUCAAACAGUUUGGACGCAGUUGAAGAUGAUUUUCAGGAACAACCAGAAACUGUUAACGUGCAGGAUUUGUUGCCAAGGGUCGAUGUCAGCAGUCAAAUAACCGAGUCUCUGCUUAACGAACUAGGAGACAAAAAUUGGAAGGAAAGAAUAGAAGCUUUAAACAAAAUUAGCACAAUAUUACAGGAGGCCAAGUUUAUUAAGUCUAAUAUAGGUGACUUACCACAGCCUUUAGCCGUACGCCUUACCGAUAGUAAUGUGAAAAUCGCUCAAACGGCUUUGAAUAUUUGUAAAUGCAUUACUAAAGCAAUGGGACCUUCUUCUAAGCAGUAUAUUAGGACUUGGUUUCCCGGUUUUGUUCAAAAUUUGGGAGAUAGCAAAGCUUGGAUGAGAACCACCGCAAUAGAGACCAUUAACGCUUUCGCCGAACAAUGCGGAUACAAAGAGUUCUUCGACGGUGAAAUGAUAAGUGACGCCUUAAAAUCAGGCUCGCCAGUAUUAAGGGCAGAACUAUGGAAUUGGUUGGCGGAAGUUUUACCAAAAAUUCCGCCAAAGUCGAUUCCAAAAGAAGAAGUGGUCGCAUGCGUGCCACAUCUUUACACGAACUUGGAGGAUCGAAAUGCCGAUGUAAGGAAAAAUGCGGGCGAAGCAGUUUUGGGAAUAAUGAUGCAUUUGGGUUACGAAUCUAUGGUUAAACAGACAGAAAAAUUAAAGCCUGGCUCCAAAACAACCGUGAUGGCGGCAUUAGACAAAGCUAGACCUAGUUUACCCGUAAAACCUUUACCAAAGAAAGCCAAUGCGGCAAUUGAAGAGAAACCCACUAAAGGGACUGGAAAAGCGGCCGCAAGUAAACAGAAUACCGCUAAACCUAAGCCAAAUAGUGCCCCUAGUAAAGCAGGUGCACCUACCAGUGCAAGAAAGAAAGACGAGGACGUAGAUACUUCGCCACUUUUAGUGGUAAACAAUUUGAAACAUCAAAGGACUAUCGAUGAAUCCAAAUUGAAAGUUUUAAAAUGGAAUUUCACUCAGCCCAGAGAAGAAUUCGUUGAUUUGCUUAAGGAUCAGAUGAGCGCCGCUAACGUUAAUAAGACACUUAUGGCGAACAUGUUUCAUUCUGACUUCAGGUAUCACAUUAAGGCAAUAGAAUCAUUAAUGGACGACCUACCAGACCAUAGCGAGGCACUUAUUUCAAAUUUAGAUCUGAUCCUUAAAUGGUUGACCCUUAGAUUUUUCGACACCAACCCCUCAGUAUUACUAAAAGGCCUUGAAUAUCUAAACUUAGUUUACAAUAUGCUAAUAGAAAGACAGUAUCGUAUGCUGGAAAAUGAGGGCUCAUGCUUUAUUCCGUAUUUAGUUUUAAAGAUUGGCGAUCCGAAAGAUUCAGUAAGAAAUGGCGUAAGAUCUCUCCUGAAACAAAUUAUCGGCGUUUUUUCGGUUAGUCGAUUAUCCGUUUACGUAAUGGAGGGAGUCAAGUCGAAAAAUGCCCGACAAAGAGCAGAGUGCCUGGAAGUUAUGGGUUCAAUGAUUGAGGACUACAGUAUAACCGUAUGCCAGCCCACACCGGCCGCCUGUUUAAAGGAAAUCGCAAAACAGAUUUCCGAUCGUGAUAAUUCGGUUCGGAAUGCCGCUCUAAAUUGCAUGGUACAAGCUUUUAAUAUUCUUGGCGAGAAAUUGUAUAAGAUGGUAGGAAAUAUUUCUGAUAAAGACAUGUCGUUACUAGAAGAACGAAUUAAGCGAGCCAGUCGCAAGUCGGUCGUCCCUAAAGCCGCUCAAGCUAUAAAUGUAACAGUAGCUGAAGUCCCUCCAUUUUCGAGAAACGGUUCCGCACAUAACGAAACUAUUGUGAAACAGGAUGAACCGGAAGUGGAGGAGGAUGAACCUAUGCCAGUACCUGCGUUACCGCCUGCCGUUGCCCCCGAGCCAGCGAAAAAAGAAAUUCAAGGUCCAUUCAAGUUAGAAACCGAAUUUAUGAACGAUUUGGAUAAAAUAUCGCCGUACUUCAAGAUGAUCCCGUUGCAGAAAAUCGAUGACGAUUUCUUAAAAGAUGAGGUCAAAAUGCCUUCCUUUUUCGACAACAAAGUUAAGAUUAUGCCAUUAUCUCCACCAAAGCCAGUACUUGCUAAUAAAUACAACGUUAAUAAUACUAGUGACAACGAUCCAGAUGUGCAAAAAGCUAUACGACUAAUAGGAACUCAAAACUUGGCAAUGGGUCUACAAGGGCUGGUACAUUUUAUGGAUAUUGUAAACAGUCCAGUAAAAGUUCAGGCCCUUCAACAACAAGAAGAGGAAUUCUUUGAAGCCGUCAUAUCCUUAUUAAAAUACCUGUAUGUCUUAGACCCGGCCAGCGAGACAUCGGUCAUCAAGAUAUACAGAGAUUUAUUACGGGCUAUAGCGGCUUUUUAUGAAAAACCGCAACUUGGGAAGACAAUUUCAAUUAACAGUAUUAAACAAAUGAUAAAUCAGUUAAUUUUACUUCUCGUGCAACAAAAACUAGACAAAUAUGGUGAUUUCUUUGUUAAGCUGAUAAACCUUACUUGUGUUAAGAUUAUCGAACAAUGUGAUCAUACUGCAGUCUUAUGUGCUCUAAUUCAGUUAAUGACAGAAUGUGUUGACAAUCAAAGUUGUCCGGAGAGACAACUCGAUUUGGUGAUGAAAUGCCUGUGGAAAGUAAUAAAACUAAUGCCAAGUUGGGGCGACGAAGUCGAUUACGAGCAAGUUUUUCUGAACGUACAUCAAUUCCUGGUUCAAUAUCCUUCAAAAUGGUGGGCGUCCCGGCCAGUUGACACUCCGAUGCGCACCAUCAAGACUAUUUUACACACCGCGGCUAAGAUUAAAGGCGCUGGCGCAAUGCAGCUACUGAAUAAAAUCCCCAAUCCGGCGGAAUCUGAUAUUGAGUCGUAUAUUUUAAGGUUAUUAAAGAGUUUAAAAAUUGCCCAAGCUCAAGACGUAACCCAGCAGUCCCACCGGACAGCUUCUCUGACCCGAUCCAACCACACUAUGCUGACCGAAAUUUUCCAGAAAAUCGGCAGCAAGGAGGCCACAAAAGAGGGCUUAAACUUACUAUACGAUUUUAUGCAGCAGCAUCCGCAAGCGGAUAUUGAGCCAUUUUUGAGCAAAUCGAGUACAUUUUUCCAGCAAUAUAUUAAAAAUAGCCUAAAAGAAAUCGAAAAUGCAAGACAGUUGUCGAAGUCGGGACUUCACGAUAAUGUGAUAAAUAACAACACAGACAGUGAAGAAAUAAAUCCCGAAUACACCCCAGAAUAUUUCGAGGAAAGACUGACAAAAUGGCGCCAAAUUUGGGACGAUUUGAUGGCCGGAAAGCAAGUAGAUCACUCCCUAUGGCCUCUGCCACCCACACAAUAAUUUUUAAAUACGCCUGAAUCACAAUUUGGAAGUUACGAUAUUAAUAUAGUUUUAAUCGUCUUCGUGGUACAAUUCCUAACGCCAUCUUUAGUAUAACGUAAGUCAUUAUUAAUUAGGAGACAGUGUUAAUUAUAUGUAGAGUUGUCAGUCGUAUUCUAUCAAAUACAAAUUCACUUAUAUUUA